UAGCAGUUGGGGCGCAUGCUCAGUCCUCCAGGCUUGAGACACUCCUGGAUCUCCCUUCCCGCCAAGCGGUUUAGCAGUAACCUCCUUAGCCACAGUCUCGAGCCUGGGCAGGUUAUGGCCACCUACAAGCUCGUGCUGAUCCGGCACGGCCAGAGCUUCUGGAACCUGGAGAACCGCUUCAGUGGCUGGUAUGACGUGGACCUGAGCCCUGUCGGGCACCUGGAGGCCCAGCGUUGCGGCCAGGAGCUGCGAGAUGCCGGCUAUGUGUUUGAUAUCUGCUUCACCUCCAUCCAGAAGAGAGCGAUCCGGACCCUGUGGAUAAUGCUAGACGUCAUGGACCAGAUGUGGCUGCCUGUAGUGAGGACUUGGCGCCUCAAUGAGCGGCAUCACGGAGAGCUGACGGGCUUAAACAAGGCAGAGCUGGCCGCUAAGCACGGGGAGGCUCAGGUGAAGAUGUGGCGCCGAUCUUACAACGUCCCACCACCUCCAAUGGAGAUCAGCCACCCCUUCUACAGCAGCAUCACCAAGGACCGCCGCUAUGCCGAUCUUACAGAGGGUCAAGUGCCUUCCUGCGAGAGCAUCAAAGACUCCACUGCUCGGGGUCUGCCCUUCUGGAAUGAGGAAAUCUUCCCCCGGAUCAGGGAAGGAAAACGUGUUCUGGUUGUAGCCCACUGCAUUUGUCUCGGAGGGAUGGUCAAAUACCUUGAGGGUCUGUCUGAAGAAGCAGCUAUGGAACUGAAUCUGCCUAAUUGCAUUCCUAUCGUGUAUGAGUUGGACAAGAAUAUGAAACCUGUCAAGCCCAUGCAGUUCCUUGGAGAUGAAGAGACCCUGCGCAAAGCCAUUGAGGCUGUGGCUGCACAAGGCAAGGCGCAGAAGUGAAAGCAAGCUACCAGUAAGCAGUGUGCCAGCAGGAGCCUUGCCCUUCCCUUCUCACUAUCCCCGCCAUGUCUAGCCCUUGCCUGCUUCAUACACGUCUGACCAUUGAUUGCCUAGGGAGCAACACCCAGCUGUGCAUAGGGGGACUGAUGAUUCAUUUUUCUCAUUUCUUCACCAUUUCAAACGAAUUCCUUUCUCUCCAUUUGCCUUUUGACUCAACCACGUUAGGGAAAAUGCCUGCUGAGUGGUUAGGAUCUGUUUGGGGAUUAGGGAUGAAGACAUAGUAAGAAGUGACCAGUGUGGGGAAUUGAAAGACCCUAAACUGUCCCAGCUAUAUCUAUGAACCAGUCCUGCCAAUAGGGCAGCCCUCUCAGGGGCUGUUGUAGGAAGCAGCCAAUAACCUAGGUGGUCAUUUUAUGAGAGUUUUGUUUGGAUCAUAUUUUCUCUCUAACCCAGGAAAAAGAACCUGGAGGUUCAGAUUAUGUCCUAAUGUUUAUUUGUUGUAGUUAUUUUCACAAAAGACCCAUUUAGUCUGUUUGUUGUUAGCAGCUUUUGAAGUUAAAAUGUCCCACCUGGUAGUCAUCAGAAUUCUUAAGCCACACCAAAAAGAGAGGAAGAGUUCCAUGAUUUCUAAAGGGGAAGAGGAGUCUAUCCACUAUGCAGUUUAUAACCCCUACUCUAUUUUGUGGCAGUGAAAUGCCCCUAGAUAGUGUUGAAAUAUGUCUCAUUGUCUAUUGCCUUCCAGCCACAUAGACCUACUACUUGGGACCUCAACAGUUUUAGCAUAAGUGCUAACCCUGUCCAUUUUUAUAUGUUGUUCACUAUAAUAAAGGAGUGAUGUUCAAUUUUAAAAAGUAAAAUAAACAUUUGUAAUUUCUGAAA